GAUAUCGAAAGUGCGGCUGAAGACACGAAGACAGCUUCACGCGUUUAUUUUGAUAAUUUGUUGAGGAAAUCAGGAUCUGCGAAUUUUGGUAAAAACCUUGGCAAUCCUCAUUCUAAGAGUCUGAUAUUUACUUUAGAGAAAAUAUUGAUUCACUGUUUAGAUCUGAAAACGAACAUCAAAGGCACUGGCAUUAAAGAUAUACCAUCAAUAUCUGUCAGGCAAAAGGAAGUAAUUUUACAGAAGAAUUGGAACUGCAUUUCUAUAAAAUGUAUCAUUAAAUUACUGUGAAAUAUUUCCUCUGAGAAAUUUCUGUCUUUCAUCGUCUGGAGGAUUUACAAGAUGGUUUCGUGUUUUCAAUUAAGUUUGGACAAAUUUACAAAGGAGUUCACUACUGCAAUAUAAAUGGUUCGAUCAUCACGGAAAUAUAUAAACUGCUGUAAAAACAUUCACAUUGUUUUCUAAGCACAAAAUUUACAGAAGAAUGGAUUUUCCUGAAGAAUUACCUGAAGAUGUAGGAAAAUCAUCAUAUCCCUGUGAUAUCUGUGAACAGACAUUCUCUCUAGAAGAGAGCCUUGCUAUUCAUAAACAGGUUCACACAGGAGAGAAACCAUACAACUGUGAUAUCUGUGGUAAAUCAUUUUCCCUAAUACGUACUUUAACUAUUCACAAGCACAUUCAUACUGGAGUAAAACCAUAUAAAUGUGAAAACUGUGGUAAAUCUUUUGCGUUUAGAAGAUAUUUAACCAAACACAUACGUGUUCACACAGGGGAAAAGCCAUAUCACUGUGAUAUCUGUGGUAAAUCCUUCCCUGAAAGUGAUGCCCUAACUAGCCACAUUCGAAUUCACACAGGUGAGAAGCCAUACCAGUGUAAUAUUUGUGGAAAAUCUUUCUCUGAAAGAUGUAAUUUAACUACACACAAAUACACUCAUACAGGAGAGAAAUCAUAUCACUGUGAUAUCUGUGGUAAAUCAUUCUUUCAGAAAGUCCACUUAAACAGUCACAUGUAUGUUCAUACUGGGGAGAAGCCUUAUCAAUGUGAUAUCUGUUUGAAAUCAUUUGCUGAUGGAAAUAGAUUAAAUAGACACAAACACAUUCACGCAGGAGAGAAACCAUAUCAGUGCGACGUCUGCAGUAAAUCCUUUAGAGAAGAGGCUCAUUUAUCGAUACACAAGAGACGUAUUCAUACAAACGAGAAACCAUAUCACUGCGAAACCUGUGGUAAAUCAUUUAUAAAUUCAAGUUUAUUAACUAUUCAUAAACGUAUUCAUACAGGCGAAAAACCGUAUCAGUGUGAUAUCUGUGGUAAAUCGUUCAUUGAGAGAAGUGCAUUGACUGUUCACAAACGUAUUCAUACUGGAGAGAGGCCAUACCACUGUGAUAUCUGUGGUAAAACAUUCAUAAGGGGAAAUAAAUUAAAUGUUCACAAGCGUAUUCAUUCAGGGGAAAAACUCCAUCACUGUGAUAUCUGUGGUCAGUCGUUUUCCCAAAGAGCUCAUUUGACUGUCCACAUUCGUACCCAUACAGGUGAGAAACCAUAUGACUGCGAUAUCUGUGGUAAAUCAUUCUCACAAACAGGCCAUUUAAAAAUUCACAGACGUAUUCAUACAGGAGAGAAACCCUACCAGUGUGAUAUCUGUGGUAAAUCCUUUAGAGAAGAGGCUCAUUUAUCGAUACACAAGAGACGCAUUCAUACAAACGAGAAACCAUAUCACUGCGAAACCUGUGGUAAAUCAUUUAUAAAUUCAAGUUUAUUAACUAUUCAUAAACGUAUUCAUACAGGUGAAAAACCGUAUCAGUGUGAUAUCUGUGGUAAAUCUUUCAAUGAGUGUAGUAAAUUGACUAUUCACAAACGUAUUCACUCGGGGGAAAAACUUUAUCAAUGUGAUAUCUGUGGUAAAUCGUUCACUGAGAGAAGGAAAUUAAUUAUUCACAAAUGUAUUCAUUCUGGGGAAAAACUACAUCACUGUAAUAUCUGUGGUAAAGCGUUCUCUCAAAGACCUCAUUUAACUGUUCAUGUUCGUACCCAUACAGGUGAGAAACCGUAUGACUGCGAUGUCUGUGGUAAAUCCUUCUCACAGACAGGCCAUUUAAAAAUUCACAGACGUAUUCAUACAGGAGAGAAACCCUAUCAGUGUGAUAUUUGUGGUAAAUCUUUCUUCCAAAGUAGUGAUGUAACUAAGCACAAGCGUAUACAUGCAAGGGAGAAACCCUAUCACUGCGAUAUCUGUGGUAAUUCGUUCAGCAGCGGAAGAGGACUAACUGUUCACAAACGAACUCAUACAGGGGAAAAACCAUAUCGGUGUGAUAUCUGUGGUAAAUCAUACACAGACAGCAGUAAAUUAACUAUUCACAAACGUACUCACACAGGGGAAAGACCAUAUCGCUGUGAUAUCUGUGCUAAAUCAUUCAUUGAUGGAAGUACACUAACUAAACACAAACGUAUUCAUACAGGUGAGAAACCAUACAACUGUGAUAUCUGUGGUAAGACAUUCACUGUAAGAAGGAACUUAACUGAACAUAGACAUAUUCAUACAGGAGAGAAACCACAUCACUGUGAUAUCUGUGGUAAAUCAUUCUCUAGAAUUCGUACUUUAAUUACCCAUAAACGGGUCCACACUGGAGAAAAGCCAUACGAAUGUGAUACUUGUGGUAAAUCUUUCUCUGUAGGAAGUCAUUUAGCUGAUCAUGUACGUACUCAUACAGGUGAAAGGCCAUAUCAUUGUGAUAUCUGUAAUAAAUCGUUCUCUUGCACCAGUAGCCUGACUCGCCAUAUACGUAUCCAUACAGGAGAGAAACCAUAUCAGUGUGAUAUUUGUGGUGAAUCAUUCUCUGAAACGGGUAAUUUGACUAAACACAAAUACAUUCAUACAGGAGAGAAGUUUCAUCACUGUGAUACCUGUGGAAGAGCAUUUUUUCAAAGAUCUCAGUUAAACUCUCACAAACGUAUUCAUACAGGUAAAAAACCAUAUCACUGUGAUAUCUGUGGUAAAUCAUUCUCUUAUGGAACAGGAUUAACUGUUCACAAACGUAUUCACACAGGAGAAAAGCCAUACAACUGUGAUACCUGUGGUAAAUUGUUUUCUCAAAGAUCUGGCCUAAUUAGCCAUGUACAUAUUCAUACAGGUGAGAAGCCAUAUCACUGUGAUAUCUGUGGAAAAUCAUUCUCUCAAAGCUCUGUCUUAAUUAGACACAAAAUUAUUCAUACAGGUGAGAAGCCAUAUCAGUGUGAUAUCUGUGGUAAAUCAUUCUCUGAAAGAUGUAACUUGGCUACACACAAACACAUUCAUACAGGAGAGAAGUCAUAUCACUGUGAUAUCUGUGGUAAAUCAUUCUUUCAAAAAGUUCACUUAAAUACUCAUAGGCGUAUUCACACAGGAGAGAAACCGUAUCACUGCAAUAUCUGUGGUAAAUCAUAUGCUGAAGGAAACAGCUUAAACAAACACAAACUUGUUCACACAGGAGAAAAACCAUAUCAGUGUGAUAUCUGUGGUAAAGCAUUCAGUUACAGAAGUUCGCUAAUUGUUCACAAACAUAUUCAUACAGGAAAGAAGCCGUAUAACUGUGAUGCUUGUGGUAAAUCAUUCAGGGAGGCAAGUCAGUUGGCAAUACACAAAACCUGCAUUCAUACGAGAGAGAAACCUUAUCAUUGCGAUAUCUGUGGCAAAUCGUUCUCCAGUGGGAGUUCGUUAAUUGCUCACAAACGUAUUCAUAGAGACGAAAAACCAUAUCAUUGUGAUAUCUGUGGUAAAUCGUUUCGUCGUAGGAAUACAUUAAAUGUCCACAAUCUUGUUCACACAGGGGAAAAACCUUAUUGCUGUGAUAUCUGUGGUAAAUCAUUCUCUCGGACAAGCCAAUUAAAAAUACACAAGAGACACAUUCAUACAAAAGAGAGACCGUUUGACUGUAAUAUCUGCGGUAAAUCACUUACUCGUAGAAGUGCAUUAACUGUUCACAAACGUAUUCAUACCGGGGAAAAACCAUAUCACUGUGAUAUCUGUAGUAAAUCAUUCUCUCACGCAAAUGCUUUAACUGUACACAAACGUAUUCAUACAGGGGAAAAACCUUAUUGCUGUGAUAUCUGUGGUAAAUCAUUCCCUGUAAGUAAUGCUUUAACUGUCCACAAACAUACUCAUUCGGGAGGAAAAGGAUAUGAAUGUGAUAUCUGUGGUAAAAUAUUCUCUUUUAGAAGUACAUUAAUUAUUCAUAAGCGUGUUCAUUCAGGGGAAAAACCAUAUCGUUGUGUCAUCUGUGGUAAGACUUUCAGCCAAACAAGUCAGUUAACAGUUCACAGACGUACUCAUACAGGGGAAAGACCAUAUCGCUGUAAUAUCUGUAAUAAAUCAUUCACCUAUGGAAGUACACUGAAGUUUCACAAACGUAUUCAUACAGAGGAAAAACCAUGUCACUCUAAUAUUUGUGAUAAAUCAUUCUCUGGAACUAGUGACUUAGCGAUACACAGCAGACGUAUUCACACAAAAGAGAAAACCUAUACCUGUAAUAUCUGUGGAAAAUCAUUCUCUACUGGAAGUGCAUUAACUACUCACAAACGUAUUCAUAUAGGGGAAAGGCCAUAUCAUUGUAGUGUCUGUGGUAAAUCCUUCUCUCGAAAUUCUGGCUUAAUUAAACACAUGUGUUUUCAUACAGGUGAUAAGCCAUUUCACUGCGAUAUCUGUGGUAAAUCAUACACUCGUAGAAAUGCAUUAACUGUUCAUAAACGUGUUCAUACAGGAGAAAAACCUUACCACUGUAAUAUCUGUGGUAAAUCAUUCUCAAAAAAAUAUCUCUUAACUGUACAUAAAAACACUCAUACAGUAGAGAAAUCAUAUGAUUGUAAGAUCUUUGGUAAAUCCUUAUCUCAGACAAGUCAAUUAACUGUCCAUAGUCGUACUCAUACAGGAGAGAAACCAUUCCAUUGUGAUAUCUGUGGGAAAUCUUUCUCUUACAGUAAGGCUCUAACAAAGCAUGUGCAUCUUCAUACUGGUGAGAAGGGAUAUCACUGCGAUAUCUGUGGUAAAUCAUACGCUAGUAUAUAUACACUAACUACUCAUAAACGUGUUCAUACAGGAGAAAAACCUUACCACUGUGAUAUCUGUGGAAAAUCGUUCACCAAAAAAAACCUCUUAACUGUACAUAAAAACACUCAUACAGGAGAGAAAUCAUAUGAUUGUAAGAUCUGUGGCAAAUCUUUGUCUCAGCCAUAUCAUUUAACUGUUCAUCGUCGUAUUCAUACAGGCGAGAAACCAUUUCACUGUGAGAUAUGUGAUAAAUCAUUCGCUCAAACAGCUCAUUUAACAAUUCACAGACGUAGUCAUACAGGAGAUAAACCCUAUAAGUGUGAUAUCUGUGGUAAAUGUUUCUCUCAAAAGAAUGAUUUAACCAAGCACAAGCGUGUUCAUACAGGAGAAAAGCCGUAUCAGUGUAAUAUAUGUGGUCAAUCAUUCUCUGUAAAUAAUGCUUUAACUGGCCACAAACGUAUUCAUACAGGAGAGAAACCUUAUCGCUGUGAGAUCUGUGGUAAAUCAUUUCCUCGCAGUUCUGACUUAACUGCACACAAAUGUGUUUGAUCUAAUGAAGAACUUUAUCACAGUGAUAUUUGUAAUAAAUAACUCAUUUACUCAAAAACUUCCUUUGUGAAGUGAGUGAGAAAUGGACAGACACAUCAGCACUGUAAUGUUGUCAGCAACACGACAGCCUCUCUAGUGUUGGCUCCAAAGUAAAAUACAUCCUGUACACUGUGAAAUUGAUGGUGAUAUGUAGGGCAGCCAGCCACAAAAACCAUAUUCCCUGAAGCAAACCAUACAUAUGACUUUGUUUAAAACAUGAAGUAGAAGUUUUUUUCUUUUUGUUUUCACUUCGAUAGUAACAAA